AUGUCUACAAAAGGAAAAAGCAGAUUUUCUCCGUUUUGGAAACAAUGUUUCGUGACAGCAUCAGUGGGUAGCAACAUCAUUGGCCAUGGCGCCGUCAUCGGCUACCCUGGGAUCCUGCUGCCUCAGCUCCACCUGGUUGACUCCGCCUUUAAACUGGAUGCAGCCUCUGCGUCAUGGAUUGCAUCAAUCCUGGGCAUCACACAGCUGGUCGGUAGCUUCAUCUCCCCUCCUAUAAUGGAGAAGUUCGGCAGAAGAGCAGCUCACUUCACAGCGACUGUACCAAACUUAAUCGGCUGGUUUGUCAUCACUAUGGCUACUAAUUUUGAGGUUCUCUUCGCUGGUCGGAUACUUCAAGGUCUAUCUAUUGGCAUGUUAUCACCUCUACGGUCAGUCCUCAUUGGAGAGUACUCCAGCCCGAAGAACAGAGGAGCUUUCCUCACCACCGUCUCAUUGUCACAAUCCUUUGGAAUAUUCUUCGUACAUCUUGUUGGAUCCCUCCUGAGUUGGCAGCAGGCCGCGUUGAUAUGUUCCUUCUUCCCAUUCAUUAGCAUCAUCAUGACAAUUUACUCUCCAGAAUCUCCUAGUUGGCUUGUGACAAAAGGUCGUCAUGAUGAAUGUAGACGGGUAUUCCGCUGGCUCCGAGGUGAUGACGAAGAAGAUGAACUCGAAGAAAUGAUUGAAGGCCGACUUCUCUACGAGAAAGCAAUGAUCUCCGCAAGUUUCAAUAAAAAGAACAAUCGCUUACGAAAAAUUAUUACCACGAUAAAGAAGAAAGAAUUUUACAAACCUAUCAUCCUAAUGAUGCAUGCUCAUGUGUUGGUGAACUUCGCUGGUGGAACCACUAUGUCUGCUUAUUCAACUAUGAUUAUAGGGGUUGUUAUGGGACCACAAGUGAAUGCUCAUUUCUGGAUGAUAUUCUUAGGAGCUCAACGAUUCGUCUCGAAUACUCUAGCAGUGUUUGCUAUUAACAAGUUCAAGAGAAGAACGAUGAUGUUCGCCACUGGUGGGCUUUCGAUCUUCGCUCAGUUCGCUUUAGCUGCCUACGUGUACUUUAAGCAGCAAGGUACUUUGCCAUACGACGCUGUAUGGAUACCAAUAUUACUGAUCAACUUGAAAUUCUUCGCUGUAGCUACAGGCAUGUUACCCUUGCCAAAUGUUAUUGGAGGAGAAGUAUUCCCUCUGGAGUACCGUAGCAUAGGAGGAACCAUCAGUCUGGCAUCCUUCUCGGCUACAUUCUUCUUAGUUCUUAAGACUUUCACAGGUCUAGUGGAGUCUGUGGGCAUGUAUGGAACCUAUGUGGUGUACGGUUGUAUUAUCACUUACUGCAUGGUAGUCAUCUGGUUCCUUCUACCAGAAACUAAGGAUAGAACUCUACAGCAGAUAGAAGAUGAGUUCAGAGGCAGGCCGUUGGGUCCUGAGGAGAUUGAAGUGAGGAAGUCUUUGCAAGCUGAUCCAAUUGUUGCGUACAAGAGGAAGAUGUCUGCUAGAAGAUGUAGCAGUCUUAUAUGA